AUGCAAUCCAUUAUUGCUGAAGCAGACAAGCCCAAGAAAGGAGGUCAAAAAGGGGGUCAGAUUGGUCCACCUGCACCAAAGAGGCGAAAGGUCAAGAAGCCGGAUCGCAAGCCCAAGUCCCCAACUCCAAUUGAAAGCGAACAUUCGCAUUCUGACACUCAAUCACAUGUUCGCCUUGAGGAGGAUGAGACUGAUCACAACGAAGAAGUUACAUUGAACCCUGAGGUAACUCCAACUUACAAUGAUUUCUUUCCAUCUCCUCCUCAUUCACCCAAAACCAUCACCACACCAAUAACUAUUGCACCAUCCCCCCCCCCCCCCAACUACGCUGACACUUCAGGUUUUACAACUACUCAUAUAUCACCACCCAUUUCCCCACUUCGCCAAAAUGACCCUGAUAUGAUUUAUGUGGAUGGUGAAGACGGCUUUGCAGGAUUCACCUUUAGUCCAUUCACCAUGAGGACUCAAAGCAAUGACGAAGCUCCAGUAACGAGAGGGCAACUCAAGGCCAUACAUGAAAAAAUUAACAUAUUGCUUCAGGCUUCAAAGGAAUCAUCUCAUGACGAUUAUUCUAAAGCAACGGCUGAGAAACAAGUCAAGGAUUUGUUAUCCGAGAGAGCAGUUAUCAAAAUCUGUAUCACCGAUAUUACUGUCUUACUCUCGAAUAUCAUUGAGACUAGGGACUCAAUGAUUACCAUCACAGUUAGAAAGCAUCUUGCUGAAAAUCUCAGUACAGUAUUUGCGAUGCUUCAUCUACUAGAAGGUGUUCCGGAAUCCAGCAACAUUCCGAAACAAGGGGGAGAUCAACCCAAGAAGACUUUAGCCAAGCCAAUCGUCAAAAUCGAAUCUGAGCCUAAUGGAAAAGAAAAGUUUUUCUAUGAAGAACCAAUCAUUGAUAACAGUGAGGAUGAAGAGCUUGAUGAAGAUGAACUUAAAAAGAGAAAGGCUAGUGAAGCAAAAUUGGAUGAACAUCAAAGGAUUGUUUGA